AUGUCAGGGAAACGGGUCAUAGCAAUAUGUAUGUCUGGUGGGGAAUUCCAGACGGAGAAAGGCGGAUCACUGCUGUACAAAGGCGGCGAUGCUCACGCAAUUGACGUGGACGAGCAGAUGACAUUCAUAGACUUUAUCUCAGAAAUUGGGGAGAUGUUUAAUUGCGAUGUCAGGACAGUUUCUCUCAAAUACUUCCUCCCUGAUAACAAGAAGACGCUCAUCUCGAUAUCUAACGAUAAAGAUUUGAAACGAAUGAUCAAAUUUCACGAGAACUCAAACACUGCUGAUGUCUAUCUCUUACCCGAAGAAGCUGCUCCUGAGUUUUCAAACAUGCCGGCUAGCAGAUCAAGCAGAACAACAUUGUCUGAAGCGAUUCCCCCGGUUCCUAUGGACGACUUGAUAGAUGACACCAUGGGACCAGAAGAUCUUCCCAUCUCAAUCUCAGUCUCAGCUCCUCCCGCUGUAACUAUGGAGCAAGUCAUGGACCGAGCUGCUGAUGCACAGAUUGUUAUUAAUCCAUCCGAUAUGAUGUCAGCGAUUGUUGAAGUCCCGAAUCCGAAAGGAGAUAUUCUCACGAAGGCAAGAACACAGCAGUGGCAGAACACAAUCACAGGAGUGGGUCAAAGGUUUAAAAACGUUGGGGAGUUCCGUGAAGCGCUGCGGAAAUACGCCAUUGCAAAUCAGUUUGGAUUCCGCUACAAAAAGAACGAUAGCCACCGAGUGACAGUUAAAUGUAAAGCCGAAGGUUGUCCUUGGAGGAUCCAUGCUUCAAGGCUAUCAACAACUCAGCUGAUCUGUAUCAAGAAAAUGAAUCCAGCACAUACUUGUGAAGGUGCGGGUGGGAUUAAUGGGCUUCAGACGAGUAGAAGCUGGGUUGCUAGCAUCAUCAAGGAGAAGCUGAAAGUUUUUCCUAACUAUAAACCAAAAGACAUUGUCAGUGACAUCAAGGAAGAGUAUGGGAUUCAGCUGAAUUACUUUCAGGCAUGGCGUGGUAAAGAGAUUGCAAGAGAGCAGCUUCAAGGAUCUUACAAGGAUGGUUACAAACAGCUCCCGCUCUUCUGCGAGAAGAUAAUGGAAAGCAAUCCGGGCAGUCUCGCUACGUUCACGACAAAGGAAGAUUCAAGUUUUCACCGUGUUUUUGUUUCGUUUCACGCCUCAGUUUAUGGUUUUCUCCAGGCGUGUCGACCACUUGUGUUUCUCGACAGUAUGCCGUUGAAAUCGAAGUAUCAGGGUACUUUAUUAGCUGCUACUUCUGUGGAUGGGGACGAUGAAGUGUUUCCUCUGGCUUUUGCAGUGGUCGAUGCGGAGACAGAUGAUAACUGGGAAUGGUUCUUGCUUCAGCUAAGAUCUGGCCUAUCCACGUCUUGCCAAAUAACUUGCCAGAUAACUUUCGUUGCGGAUAGACAAAAGAAUCUGCAGGAAUCGAUCCCAAAAGUGUUUGACAAAUCGUUUCAUGCGUAUUGUUUGCGGUAUUUGACCGAUGAGCUCAUCAGAGACUUGAAAGGACCAUUCUCUCAUGAGAUCAAGCGGUUAAUCGUCGACGACUUUUAUUCUGCAGCUUAUGCCCCAAGAGCGGAUUCAUUCGAGAGACAUGUUGAGAACAUCAAAGGCCUCUCACCGGAAGCUUAUGAUUGGAUUGUGCAAAAGAGCCAGCCUGAUCACUGGGCCAACGCUUACUUCCCGGGUGCUCGGUACAACCACAUGACUUCACACUCAGAUAACAACUUGUUCCAAGUCCGUGGAGAGACGUUUGAGCUUGUGAACAUGAAGCAGUGUGACUGUAGCUGCAAAGGGUGGCAGUUAACAGGUUUGCCGUGUCACCACGCGCUCGCGGUUAUCAACUCUUACGGACUUAAUCCAUAUGAUUACUGUUCUAGAUAUUUCACUGUCGAGAACUACAGGGCAACGUAUUCACUGUCGAUAAAUCCAGUUCAGUUAUUAGAAGGAGAGAUGUGUCGAGAGAGUUCCGGAGGUUCGGCAGUGACGGUAACGCCUCCACCAACAAGGCGACCGCCAGGGAGGCCGCCAAAGAAGAAAACGCCUGCGGAAGAAGUGAUGAAGCGGCAGCUACAAUGUAGUCGGUGCAAGGGACUUGGUCACAACAAGUCGACUUGUAAAGACUAUCUUCUUGAAUGCUAG